UGGGGUCAGGUACAGGCAAAUCAUGUCCUCAACCAACAGGAACGAGCUAUUUACCUGCUGGAAAGGUGGCUGCGAGCUUCAUUUCCUCCUGCCUGCGACCGCUGAGGAGACAUGACCUGCUGAGGAGGACACUCUCUCCACCAUGAAGAAGGGGACUCUCAACAAGCUAUUCGGGAAGAAGAACGUCAACAACAACUCCCUGUACGCCGACACCCCACCCUGGAUCCUGCCUCAGGGGACCAAGAAGGCGCCUGCCGACUACCACGAUGUUCAUAAUUCAUUUGCAUUCCUUGAUGACUCUGGCACUGCAACUUUGAAAUCGCGGCCAGGUCCCCGGGUUAGACCCACGCUUAAUUUUUCUACUAGUAACGCAGAGUCUCAAGUGUUAGCUGUACCGACACCUUCGGUUCCAAAAGGGUUUAUUGACAAUGCCUCAAUAGGCAAUGGCUCAAAGCUGAAUGGAAACUACAGAAUGUACAGUUCUGUUGGAGAUCUUCGUUUAACUAAUUAUUAUGGUGAUUAUCAUGAGGAGAUCCCUGCACCACCAAAUAUGCCGCCACCACCUCCUCCAACAAUGGCACCUCCACCUCCACCACAAAGUCCUCCUUCGUCAGCUAUUUCAUCUCCAUCCUCUCCAAGUCCUCCAGACUUUAUACCACCCACUCCAAAUUCUUCUGCAUUUGUGCCACCUAUUUUUUUGCCAACAGAUCAGUCUGCAAUAUCUACAACUGAACCACAUUCAACAAAUAAUGUUGCGAAAUGGAAAUCUGAAACGGGUCUUAAUGCAGUGUCAAAAGACUUACCCAUGACUUUACCCAAUAGAUUCACCUUAAAUCCUGCUGCUUUACAAUAUAACCAAGGGCAGAUCAACAUUGAUGGGGACCCUCGAUCCACUUUGCCAAAGUCCUUUAAAAUACCUCCUCCAGCUCCAACCAGAAUAUCGUCAAUACAGUUGCAAGAACCUCAAAAUCAUAGUUAUACCAAAGAUGCUCCUCCAUCUCCACUAGCAUCUACCUUUAAUCCAAGUUUUCAAGCUAGACUUUUUAUAUCCAACCAAGGGCAGCAAUCUCUCAGUGAUACUUUGAAUAAGAGAAAAUCCAUGCUCAUAAUGGAAGAUCUUCCAGAUGUCUUAGAAAAUUCUGAUCAUAGAAUAGAAAAAUCAACUAAUAUGAUGGACACAGUAGGCUCUAGAGCAGAUGACCCAAACAUUCUUCAUAAUCCACAUGUGAAAUUAAACAAGGAAAUUAAGAAUGACAAUGCUAUAAAUGACAAGAAAGCUGAAUCUGCAUCAAUAUUUAAGGAGAAUCAGCCAAAACAGCCCUACAAACUUAAUAACAGAAUAAGUGAAUUAACAUAUGUUCCAGCAAAAGGUGAGGAAGGGCAAAAAUAUUCCCAAUAUGGUACUGAACGAAAUACUUUGACCUUUACCAAACAUGGAUACACACAGGAGAUACAGAAAACUUCAAAGCCUACUGUAAAAAUAAUUUCGCUAAAACCUGUAAGUGACCUUUUAUUAUCACAUUCAAAUGGGUCUCAACAUAACUCUCUGACAAGAAAGGAGAUGGAUAUAUUUCCUCAGGCGUUGGCUAGAAUAGAUAAUGAAGUUAAAACACAACCAGCAGGGAGUUUAGAAAAUGCAGUGGAGCAGCCUCCCAUACCACCCUCGAUGGCUCCUCCACCACCUCCAAUGGCUCCACCACCACCACCUCCAUUACCAAUGACUAUUCCACCAAAUCAGAAAUUGAUAACACCUCUUCCACUGCCUGUGAAAAACAGUACACCACCAAAGAGUUCACCUAUCCUCAACUCUACAGCUCCACCACCUGCUCCUCCCCUUGAUUCUUCACCAGUAGUACGUAUGCCUUCACCACUGCUUUCUCCAAAGCCAAAAAACAUUUCUGUCACUCCAAAACCCCCAUCACUUGUUCCUCCACCACCACCUCCAAAAGCACCACCUGCACCUCCACCUUUACCAAGCUCUCUUGGUCUGUUUGGUUCAGUACCUUUGCAGGAAGCUUUGCAAGCAAAACAGCAGACACUUAAAAAUAUUCCAAAGACUAUAGAGAUUAGAUCUGCUCAGACAAAUUCUUCUCCAAGUGUUGAUGAUGAGCAAAAAAUCAGAGUUGGAAAGAUAAAGGGUGAACUGGAAGCGUUAUUCUCUCCAAAAAAAGAUGAAAAGGGGCAGCCACCUAAAAAUUCACGUCUAGGUCUGGAGCCAAACAAGAAUUCCAGUGGAAAUUAUUCACAAUCGAAAGGAGGUGAAAAUAAUUUGGUGAACUCAUUAAUGUUGAAAGUGCCUCUUUUACCUGCUAAAUUUGAGAGGGAUGAAGGUGACGCAGACAAUUCUGAAUGGUUGCCUAAAAGUAAUAAAAUGGAUAUUCACAUUCCUGAGCCAGAUUAUUUACCAGCAAGCCCCAGUCGCAAAACAGAAAAGCCUGCAUAUUCAGACGUACAGAGCAAAAUUCUGAAGGCAACUGAGAGAUCUGUUCCUUCACCGCCAGUAGCUUCCACUCAAAAAGACACACGUAUAGAUGUGUUGAAUAGCUCCGUUCCAACCUACAAACCGCAUCGUGGUAUUAAGUUAUCAACUGAAAAUGGUACCUUAAAUGAACUGCCAGUAGUAAUUGCAAAACCAGAUACAGAUAUUAGCCUAAACCUGGAAAGUGUUUAUCCAUCUACUGAAAUGGCUAAUUCAGGACCUCCUGUGAAGCAAGAACCUCCCAUGUCUACAGCUGAAAGUUCGAAUAAGCAACCUGUCAAUGGAGGACAGGUUGAAGGAGGUUCUCCAAUGGCUUUACUUAUGGCGGCACAGAAGCGAGCACAGAAAGUAAAUUCUGUAGAAAAGCGAAAUCUUCCCAAAAUUUCUGUUACAAAUGGGCUCAUUACAAGUUCAUCUCCCUCUCCAGCUAGUGAGAGGAAAGCAAGUACAUUUCUUGUUGUUCCCAAUAAAGAAAAUGUAGGACCACUUGCUGAGGAGGAAGUUACCAGCUUUACAUUUAACUCUGUCCAUAAAUUAGGCUCUUCAAUUCCAUCAGUCUGGAGAGCGGAAAAGCUCCAGUCUUCUGAUAUAAGACAUUCUGAGAACUCGAGUGAUAACUCCAGUGUACCAUAUGUUCAUAAGUCAUCUGACCUACUGCUUUCUACCACUGACAGGCAAGAAGAAUAUUUGAAGCCAAAAUCGACAUUUGAUAAUUAUGCUUCUUACACUGUGCCAACUUCAACUGAAUCCCCUUCUUUUAAUAUUUCCAGUUUUCCUUCACCUAUUCCUUUCCAAAAGAUGAAUAAUGAAAUUAAAUAUGGAAUAAUACCACCUCCAGCAGAGUUCAUGAAUAGUCCAGCAGAAUCACGUAGUAACUUGCUUAGCAUGGAGCAAAAAGACAGAUCAUAUCAUUCUGAUCACAGAACAAGUCUUCAGUCUGAUUUACUUCCAAAUAAUGAUCGAAAUAAUUCCGUUAUUCAGCCUUUUGCUUCUCUGUCAACCACAAGCAGCAGUGGCUUCAAUAGUUACUCCAGUGACCAUUAUAGUAGUGGACCCAACAGAGAGCCACAGAGGAGCUCCCUAAUUAAGAAACGACUGUACAUGCCUGAACCAGAGAGUUUAAGGAACUAUGGGUUAAAUACAAGCUCCAUAAGGUCUUCUGCUAUGCCUAUGUCUUACAUGCAUUCACAGUUUAGCUCUAGUAUGGUUCCAGAUCCACGACGAUACAACACUACAUCAAGAUACCUUCCUCAAGGAAGGAGACUCUCUACUGAAAAUAUUAGCCGAAUGGGACCAUCUAUGACUGAUAUGAAGUACAGAUCUCCAAACUCUGAUAACCUAAUGGGAAAAUCAUCAACUAGGUCACAAGAUAAAAACCAGCAAGGCUUGACAUUCACUGUGAGACCAGGUACCAGGCAGCCAAUUUCUCAAAUGUAUCAAGGUGGCUACCUGUGAGUGUGCAUAUUCCUGUCAUGUUGCCUACAAACAGUCUCAUGAAGCCGCUUCUAAGCUCCGAUUCAGUGUCGUAAAAGUUACUUCUGUAUAUAGCAUUUGUAAGCUACUUUUUUUUAAGUUACUUUAUUCCACAGUAGAGAAGAUGUUGAAGGGUAUUCUUCUAGAACAUUUUUUUUUUAAAUGUUUUAUCAUGUUUUUCCUUUUGAGUUGCCAUGUCUCUUAUUUUACAUGUUAAUUUUAUGUGCCUUUUUUUUUUUUCCUCUUAAUUGCCUCGUAUGCUUUGUUGUAUAAAUAUAUACAUACUUAUAAAAAGAGAAUGACCCCUGUAUAAAGAUGAUGUACAUACAAAUGAGAGGAGAGGGGAUUCCUAUGACAAAUCCUACAAAAAGCACUUUUCGUUGUAUAUUCAGUGUAUAUUUAUAUGUGUCCUUUUUUAUGUACCUUCAUUUAUAUAUGUUCGUGUUACAACAGAAGAUAAGUGUCUGUAUUUGCUUUUAAAGAGGAUGCACAAAGCUUUUGCAUGCUAUUUCCUCAGUUAUUUACAGCAAUAAACAAUU